AUGGGAAAUGUUGAACAGACGUACCACACCCAGCAGUAUGAAUUCACCUUGCAGACAAACUCGGGUAAGAAGGUAAUCAUCACAGCUUAUGGAAUGGAAAGAAUUACUGGCCCAGUUAGCAAAUUGAACAGCGAAGUUUUGAAGAGUCUAUUCCCGGAAUAUGAUCCCGACUCACUCCAGAGAAAAUCAAACCAUGUUGACGUUCUUCUUGGAUGUGAUUACUUUGGAUUGCACCCUAAGCAUGAAGAAGCUCGGUGCGGAGAUAAUCUGAGUAUAAUGAGUGGAGAAUUAGGCGUCUGUCUUCAAGGUGCCCACCCAGAACUUGUCGAAGGAACUAAGCAUGAUUCAAAUCUCGCGAAAGUGAUUCAUGAAGUUAACGUUAAAGUGGAAACAUAUCAACUUCAUCUCGAGGAUCACCCUCAGUUCAACCUUAGUUCACCCUCACCACCCCCUUGUUCAGCUGAAGCAGAUCAGCCGUCCUACAACAUGACAAGUGGUGUUCAUCUGGCGAGAGAAAAACGACAAGAAAGUCAGCUUGGAAAUUUCAUUGAAGGCGAAGAGCUUGGCACUGAGACAAGCCCUCGUUGCGGCAGUUGUCGAUGUGGUAAAUGUCCUAUCCUUGGACAUACGUACUCGUUCAAAGAAGAGCAAGAACUUAAAAUUAUUCGUGAGAAUCUAGAGUAUGAUGAUUCCAACCAGCGUUGGAUAACCAGUUAUCCUUGGAUCGUGGAUCCACGUAACCUACCUGAUAACUAUAAUGUCGCCUUAGCAACCUUGGAGAAGACAGAGCGUACUCUUCAAAAGGAUGAACUUUGGGCAAAUACGUACAAAGAGCAAAUGAAUGAUAUGGUUCAUCGCAAAGUGGCACGUCCUCUCACGUCCUUGGAAAUCCAACAGUGGAAAGGUCCUAUUUUCUACAUAUCUCACUUGGCUGUGUUCAACCCCAAGUCAAAUUCGACGCCUGUUCGCAUCGUGUUUAACUCCAGUCAAGUCUACAAAGGAGUGUCUCUGAAUUCAUGUCUAGCAAAAGGACCGGAUUGUUAUAUGAAUAACCUGAUCGGAAUCCUGUUGCGUUGGCGAGAAGAAGCUGUGGCUUUGGUAGGUGACAUUAGGAAGAUGUUCAAUUCAGUCCACUUGAAAGAAUUGGAGAAACAUUGUCAUCGAUUUCUCUGGAGAGGACUUGAACUUGAUCGACCUCCUGACGUAUAUGUGAUGGAACGAGUUAAUAUGGGUGACACCCCUGCGCCAGCCAUAAGUACGGAAGCAAUCUACAAGACGGCUGACCGAUUCAAAGACGACAGCCCUGAAGCAGCAGAGCUGUUGAAGAAAUCGAGCUAUGUGGACGAUCUGAUUGACUCGCGUCCGACCGUAAGUUGUGCCCUCAAAGUCGCAGAAGAAGCAGAGAAUAUGCUUGCAAAAGGCGGGUUCUCAGUGAAAUGCUGGCAGCUGAGUGGAGAAGAAAGUCCUCGAAAGACGGCUCGUGGAGUCAAUACCGAGGAGUUUGGCAAACCCCUGAACAUGCUAAAAGGAACCGA